GUUGGCAUGACCAAAACAGAUGCUGCUGUCCAGACCCUUUCAGAAAUCAAUCCAGAUGUUGUGUUGGAAGUACAAAAGCAAAAUGCAAUCCUUCCUUUAUCCUGCUUUCUUUUACAUGCCUGGGUGGAAUGUGGGUGUGUGUUUAUGUCAGGGGAUGAUGAAAUGAUGACUCAAAAUAGUAUUGUGCAAUUUGUUAAUUGGAUGAUUAAGAGAUAUGAAAACAUUAAACUGCUGCAGAGGUUUGGUAACAAUGAAGAUGAUAUCUUGAUAUAUCAGUAUAAUACGGUCUUACAAAGUGUAGGCUAAAAGAUUGUUGGCAUGAACAGAUCUCUUGUGAGUUGUGGCAAUGCCAAUGUGGGUGUUGAACAUGGGAAAUGAGUCAAAAUGCAGACAGAGUAACAAGUUGUGAUAUCUUUGUAACUACAAAAAUAUGAUCCAUGCCUAUUUUGUGUAACAUGGAAAUAACAUCAUUUUUAGGUUUAUAUAAUAAUGUAUGGCAAAGGAUGAUUCAUAAAGCUGAUUCCGAAUAGUUACAAGAA